AUGAUCAAGGAUAAUGAUCUACCGUCUAGCGCUAAGGUUCUCGUCAACAAGGCUCUUACUUGCUCCAAAUUCUACAUGUUGCCCAAGAUUCACAAGGAGAAUUCACCUGGUCGCCCUAUUGUUUCUACCUGCAAUUGCCCUACUGUUGUUAUCAGUCAAUUUCUGGACUCUAUAUUCACGCCGAUUGUUCAAACAUUGCCUACGUAUAUCAAGGACAGCAGUGAAGCCAUCCGUAUUUUCAACCAAUUUUAUUUUACUGGUGAUCACAAGUAUGUAUUUACUAUGGACGUUCGCUCUUUAUACACAUCUAUACCUAUUGACGACGGUUUAAAUGCUCUUAAACAUUUCUUAGAGAAAGAUAAUCCAUCUAACUGUUCUACAUCUUGCCUCAUCCGACUUGCCGAGUUAGUUCUUAAGACUGCAUCUUUUUCAUUUAAUGGCAACUAUUACCGACAAAUCUCUGGCGUUAGUAUGGGAACUCGCAUGGGGCCUAGUUUUGCUUGCUUGUUCAUGGGCUAUUUAGAAGAACAGAUAUUCGCUCGAUACUCUGGAGCUACACCUCAUCUUUUUAAAAGGUAUAUCGACGAUGUUGUUGGAGCUACCUCGUGCUCACUUGAUGAACUGAAUGAUUUUAUUGAUUAUGUUUCGAACUUUCAUCCAGCCAUCAAGUUUACCUAUGCUAUCUCGUCCACACAUGUUACUUUUCUCGACAUUGAACUCUCUAUUUCUGAUAAUCGCCUCUCGACCAGUGUGUUCUACAAAUCUACUGAUGCACAUACGUUCCUGAAUUAUAAAUCCUCUCAUCCACCAUCGUGUAAGGAUGCUAUUCCUUACUCUCAGCUCCUUCGUCUUAAACGCAUAUGUACUGAUCAUGAUGAUUUUCAACGACGAGCUACUGAAAUGAUCUCAUUUUUCAAGGAUAGAGGAUAUCCUACUCACAUAACUGAUAAUUCUUUAAAACGUAUUGCGCACAUGACUCAAGAUGAAGCUCUACAACCUCGUACGCAUGUUGACGCUGAUCGAAUACCAAUCAUCCUGACUUACCAUCCUACGACUACCAAAAUCUUCACCAUUUUAAAGAAUAAAUUUCGAUAUACUUUUAUCAGAUGA